UUAGCCACUGAAAACAUAACACCCCCAAAUCAGAGAAAGGGAUCGCCAUCACCAGUCAACACUCACCACUCACCACUCACCAUCUCCACCAGUCACUCAUAUUCGUCACUCACCACUCACCACGCCAUCACUAGUCUUUAUCGUCGCUUCUGUUCGCUGCGCUCUCACAUUAGGUAAAUUUUUCCCCCUUUUCGUAUCCAUUCAGCCUCACUCACGCACUCUCAUCCUCCCUCAACUCACACACACGAAAGAGAAGAAAUCAGAAAAGGGGAGCACAGGAAGAAGAAGAGAAGAAGAGAGGAGAGGGGAAGGAAGGAAAGAAACGACGACGCCGCAUAUGGCUCCACCGCUGUCGAGCGCCGGUGAAAGAGAGCUCGAGGGAGAGAGAAAACGCGAUGGAGGAGAGAAGAAAGGGGUGCUUGGUCGCCGCUGAAACUCCACCGCCAUUGCUAGGGCUUCUUCCACCGCUAUCAUCUCCUCAAGAUUCAGAUUCCCUUCUUCUCUUGCAUCAAUUUCUCGUUCCACGCUAUCAUCUCCUCUCUCCCCGCUUUUCAGAUCCUCAUUCAAUUUCUCAUCAUCUCGUUCUUCUCGCCAUCAUAUCGUGGUCAAAGCCACCGAUGACUCUUCCAACCUAUCCGGUGAUGAUCCUUUUCGAUCUUUCCCGUGGUUCCAAUCCGACUCUGAUUGGAGGCUCCAUCACCCCUCGCCAUGUUAGCUCUUCAGAUGUAGUACCGAAGACUAUUGGAAAAGAUAGGAUGCUGCUCAAGUAAUGGAUCAGUUAGUAUGGGAAGGACUUGGACUCGGAGGAGGGACAGAUGUCCGAAACUGGGGCAGGUAGAAUGAUAAAACCGAUUGUGCUCUUUUGUGUCUAAUGAAUUUCCAUAUGAACUGCUUCUUUCCUUGUUUUGCAGCCUGGUUUAUCAGGCUAUUUCAAUAGCAAAUAAUGCAUGCUGGGCUAUUGGAGAACUUGCAGUUAAGGUAUGUUAAUGUUAUGUGCUACAUUCUGAUUAAAUUUUGUAGAAUUGUAUUGUGGCUGGAAUCUAAUUGGCUUAGUCAGAGUUAUGUGCAUAAUGUAGUUUUAAACUGUUAGUUUCAAAAGCCAAUUAGGA